AUGUAUCAAGAACUACCGUUUGACGAACUAGACGUCAAACCCGAUAAUAGAAGAGUAGCCUACUUUUAUGAUCAAGAUGUAGGUAAUUAUUUUUAUGGAACAGGUCAUUGUAUGAAACCACAUAGAAUAAGGAUGACUCAUUCAUUAAUAAUGAAUUAUGAAUUAAAUAAAAAAAUGGAAAUAUAUAGAGCACAACCAGCAACAAAUUUAGAAUUAACUCAAUUUCAUUCAGAUGAAUAUAUUGAUUUUAUAGAUCGUGUUACACCAGAUAAUUUACAUUUAUUUCCAAGAGAAGCUACAAUAUUUAAUGUUGGAGAAGAUUGUCCAGUAUUUGAUGGAUUAAAUGAAUUUUGUAAAAUAUCAUGUGGUGGAUCAAUGGAAGGUGCUGCUAGAUUAAAUAAUGGAAGUGCUGAUAUUGUUAUAAAUUAUGCUGGUGGUUUACAUCAUGCUAAAAAAUCAGAAGCUUCUGGAUUUUGUUAUACUAAUGAUAUUGUAUUGGCAAUUAUUGAAUUGUUAAGAAAACAUCCAAGAGUUUUAUACAUUGAUACGGAUGUUCAUCAUGGGGAUGGUGUUGAAGAAGCAUUUUAUACCAAUGAUCGAGUAAUGACAUGUUCUUUUCAUAAAUUUGGAGAGUUUUUUCCAGGUACAGGAAAUGUUGGUGAUAUAGGUAUUGGAAAAGGAAAAUAUCAUUCUGUAAAUAUUCCUUUAAGAGAUGGGAUUGAUGAUGCUUCUUAUAAAUCAAUAUUUGAACCAAUAAUAAGUAAGAUUGUUGAAUGGUAUCAACCAUCAGCUAUUGUACUACAAUGUGGUGGUGAUUCAUUAAGUGGUGAUAGAUUGGGACCUUUUAAUCUUUCAAUGAGAGGUCAUGCAAAUUGUGUUAGUUUUGUGAGAUCAUUAGGAUUACCAAUGAUGGUUUUAGGUGGGGGAGGAUAUACUAUAAGGAAUGUAGCAAGAACUUGGGCUUUUGAAACAGGAAUAUGUAAUGGAUUGAUACUACCUAAAGAAUUACCAUAUAAUGGAUAUUAUGAAUAUUAUGCACCUACAUAUGAAUUAGAUGUUAGAGCUUCAAAUAUGAAUAAUGCCAAUUCAAAAGAAUAUUUAAAUAAAUUAUUAACUCAAGUGUUAUCUAAUUUAGAUCAUACUAAACAUGCACCUUCAGUACAAAUGCAAGAUGUUCCACUUGAUAUGGAAGAUUAUGGUGAUGUUGAUGAAGAUAUGCCUGAAGUAAUAGAUACAAAAGGUGGAUCACAAAUGCAAGUUGAUAAAAGAAUUGAAAAUGGACUGGAAUUCUAUAAUGAUGAUGAAAAAGAUAUCGGUGAAAAGAAUAUAGAAGAUGUUGUAAUGGAGGAAACUUUAGAAGAAGAAUCGAAAAAAGAUAUAGAAUCAAAUUUGGAGGGACUGUCCAAAAUAGUAGACGAUCGAAGUUCAGGAAUUCAAUCAAGCCAAAAUGGCAAUGGCACCAUCUUAACAUCAGAAGAAAUCAACGAAAUAAAAGAACUAAAUGAUGAGGUCAAAGAGUGA